AUGGCAGACUUCAAUGAAAAUUAUCCAGAAGAAUACGAAGAGCGUUUUUCUGAUGAUGAACGCUUUCAGAAUGACGAAAACGCAAACGGUGUCGAUGUUGACCAAGAUGGAAAAACCAUCAUUGCAUCAGGAGCAGGUCAUGAAGAAGGGUUUGAGAUGUUGGAAGUUGGUAAAAGAGCAAGACCAAGGGCCAUUCCACGUGACCAAAGGAUCACCACUCCAUUCAUGACCAAGUACGAAAGAGCCCGUAUUCUAGGUACUAGAGCUUUACAGAUAUCCAUGAAUGCACCAGUUUUAGUCGACAUCGAAGGUGAAACUGAUCCAUUACAGAUUGCAAUGAAAGAGUUGUCUGCCAAGAAAAUCCCUCUAGUUGUCAGGAGAUAUCUUCCAGAUGGAUCCUAUGAAGACUGGUCUGUUGAAGAAUUGAUUAUUGAUUAA